GCAGGCGCAGAGGCGGUCGGCGGCUGCCGGGCUCGCGUGCAGCAUGUCGGCGCUGCCCUGGGGCCGAGGCGCGGCGGGGCUCGGAUGGGUCCUGCGGACCCCGCGCCGCCCCUGCUUCCCGGCGGAGGAAGGGGCCUCCGGGGGCGCGUGGGGCCGCAGAAGGAGCUCGUCCGCCCGCCCUCGCGAGCAGGACCCCCGGAAGGAGUGGGGCCGCGCCGAGCUGCUGGAGGUGCUUGAGGCACGUGUGCAGCAGUUGCAGGCCGAGUCUGUGUCAGAGGUCACGGUCAAGAGGGUAGAUGUGGCUCAACUCCCAAAGAGCAGCAGCUUGCAGCCACCAGGGAAGGCUGAGGGGGCCGUCCCGGGUCUCCAGGGCCGCUGGGCACAGAAACUGGACAAGGAGAAGCAGGCCAUGCAGAGGCGCAAGCAGAGGUUGGAGGUGAAGCUGCAGGCCCGAGCCCAGCGGCUGGCUGAGGAGCGGCCGCCACCCCCGCUGCGAGUGGAGCCCCGGCUGCUGAGCGGGCACCUGGCAGGCUGUCUGCAGCGCUGGGCGCGCGGGAGCCCCGGGAGCCCCUGGGAGCAGCAGCUGGCGCAGGUGCUGCAGGAGGCCCCUCGUAAACUGAGCCGCCAGGAGGAGCGGGCCCUGGUGGACAGGGGCCCUGAGGCGUGGCUCUCAAGUCAGCGGCAGAAGCUCCUGGCCUUCCUCGAGUGCUGCCUGGCCGUGGCCCAGCUGCCCCUUGCCCACCAUGUGCUGGUCACCCACCACAACAGCGCCCAGCAGCAGCGGCUGCUCACGCUCGCCAUGUAUAACACCGUCAUGCUCGGCUGGGCCCGCAAGGGCUGCCUCAGGGAGCUGCUGUACGUGUUCUUCAUGGUGAAGGAUGCUGGCCUCACCCCGGACCUGCGCUCGUACGCGGCCGCCCUCCAGUGCUUGGGGCGGCGGGACCAGGACGUCGGCACCGUCAGGAGGUGUCUGGAGCAGAUGGCGCAGGACGGGCUGCGGCUGCCGGAGCUCUUCCUGGCUGUGCCCAUGUCUGUGGAGGAGCGGGCCGCCAUCCUGCGUGCCGUGACCAAGGCCGAGCCCACCUUCAGCCCCCCGCUGCGGCCCCCGCCCCCAGUCAACACCUCCCCGCUGCUCCGAGAGGUCUACUCCAAGGACGGCCCCGUGGCCUACCCAAAGCUGCACUUGCCCCUGAAGACGCUGGAGAGCCUCUUCCAGCAGCAGCUGCACGUGGAGCUGUCCACAUGCGUCCAGGUCGAGUCCGUGGAGAAGGCCCAGCCGCUGACGGCGGAGGUCCUGCAGGCGCGGAAGACCCUGAAGAACCUGCGAGCCCGGUGGGAGGUGGCGCUCAGCCAGGCCCUGCAGGAGGCCAAGGCGGACCUGGCCCUUACCAGCCGGCACGGCCGCCCCACGCUUUACCCCUACCUGUGCCUGCUGAGCGAGCGGGAGUACGUGCAACUGCUGGUGCAGGUCCUGGAAGCGCUGCCCCCCCAGGGCGAGUCCCUGGCCUACGUGGCGCAGGAGCUGGGGCUGCGGGUGUUCAGCCGGCACGUGGUGCAGCGGAAGCAGCGGGAGGAGCAGGUGCAGGCCCUGCGGCGGCGCUACGGGCAGUACCUGCGUCUGCUGGCUUGCGACACCCAGGUCGCCGAGCCCUGCCUCCCACGCCAGUACUGGGAGGCGCUGGGGGCCUCCGACCCGCCCGAGGCCCCGCCCGAGCAGCCCUGGCCCCAGCCCGUGCUGAUGCAGCUGGGCAAGCAGCUGGCUGAGCUACUGGUGCAGGCCGUGCAGAUGCCGCGCAGCCUGACUGGGCCCCAGGGCAGCUGCCAGCUCAUCCCCGUGCUCUACCACGUAUACUCCUUCCGCAGCCUCCACCAGAUCGGCAUCCUGAAGCCGCACCCGGCCUUCUCACAGCUGCGGGCGUUGGCAGCAGAGCCCACGCUGACCUUCGAGGCUGCCGACCUCCCCAUGCUCUGCCCGCCGCUGCCCUGGAGCUCGCCGCACGCGGGCGCCUUCUUGCUGGUGCCCACCAAGCUGAUGCGUGCUGUGGAGGGCACCACACAGCACCUGCGCAUGCUGGAGCGCUGCCCGCAGGUCGCGUUGCAUGGGGCCCUCGACACCCUCACGCAGCUGGGCAACUGCGCCUGGCGCAUCAACGGGCGCGUGCUGGACCUGGUGCUGGGGCUCUUCACCGGCAAGGGCUGUGCCCGCCUGGGCGUGCCACCCCCGCCCUCCGCGGUGCCCCGGCUGCCCGCCACCCGCCUGCCGCUGGGCGCCUCGCCCGCCCACAAGGCCGAGCUGCGGCGGGAGCUGGCGCGCUGCCUCAAGGAGGCGCGGGAGCUGCACAGCCUGCGGGCCGACGCGCUCUACCGCCUGUCGCUGGCACAGCACCUCCGGCACCGCGUCUUCUGGCUGCCGCACAACAUGGACUUCCGCGGCCGCACCUACCCCUGCCCGCCGCACCUCAGCCACCUGGGCAGCGACCUGGCCCGCGCCCUGCUCGAGUUCGCCGAGGGCCGCCCGCUCGGCCCCCACGGCCUCGACUGGCUCAAGCUGCACCUGGUCAACCUCACCGGCCUCAAGAAGCGCGAGUCCCUGCGCGCCCGCCUGGCCUUCGCCGACGCCGUCAUGGACGAGGUCUUGGACUCUGCCGACCGGCCCAUGACGGGCCGGCAGUGGUGGAAGGGCUCCGACGAGCCCUGGCAGACCCUGGCCUGCUGCAUGGAGAUCGCGCGGGCCGUGCGCGCCCCCGACCCCGCCGCCUACGUGUCCCACUUCCCGGUGCAUCAGACCCGCGGCCAGAGCAGCUGCCUGUCCCAAGAGGGGCUGGGCGGCGGCAGAGUUGGCAGUGCCAGGCUGCGGCCGCCCCGGGGGCAGAUGUGUGUUCCAGCUGGAGGGGCGUCUCUUAUGCUCGCCAUGGGAAGAUGUCGGGCUGGGCAGGCGGCCAGGGCCCUGGGGCUUGUGGCUGGGGGCAGGGAGAAGGGGCUUGGCCGCGGGAGGGGCUCAAAGGGCAGCUCCCCCCAACCCUCCCGGACUGACUCCCUGCCAGGCCCCCGCCAGGCCCCCGUCACCAUGCUCAGCCCAGCCUGGCCCGUGCUCCUGGGGUUGACGCGUGAGCUUGAGGGCGGUGGCCGAGCACCUGGUGCAGGUCCCAGGAAUCAGGAGCCAACAGAGCGGGCGGCCGAGCAGAGGGCACAGGAGAUGCCCGGUGGACACACGGCUCGGGCGAGUAGCCGUGAGAAGGUGGAAGGUGCAAGGGCCUCACGGGGGAGGUGA